AAUCUGCUGUUUAGUCAGGUGUUGUCAUGUCAAUGUUGUCAAUAAUAAGUGAAUAACAUAAAAUGUAAUUUUUAUUUUAACUAGAAUGAACAAAUAUUUACCUCCUGUUUUAUCUUCUGUAAGCUUUAAUAAGACGCAUUUUAAAUUAUAAAUUAUUUGUUAUAAUGUUUAUUAAGGAUCCCUGUGGAAUAGUAUGUAUUUUGAUAACAUACAUAGCUGUCUUUUAUGCAGAUUAUGUGGUUAUUAAAUGGGUUGUUCUUCAAACAAUGCUCGACAGCUUAUGGGGCACUUUUAAUGUGGUUAUGUUCAACACCAUAAUAUUCUUUUUAAUAAUAUCACAUAUCAAAGCUGUAGUAACAGAUCCUGGAACUGUUCCUCUUCCACAGGGUAGGAUAGACUUCUCAGAUAUGCAUUCUGAUUCUGGCUGUGAAUUUGUAAAUUGGACAGUGUGUGCUCGAUGCGAAACUUACAGACCUCCAAGAGCACACCAUUGUAGAAUUUGCCAAAGGUGUAUUAGGAAAAUGGAUCACCAUUGUCCUUGGAUAAACAAUUGUGUGGGAGAGAGAAAUCAAAAGUUUUUUCUUCAGUUUUUAAUAUAUGUAGGAACAUUAUCUGUUUACGCUAUAGCUUUAGUAGCCAUAUCUUGGAUGAAAGAAUGUAAAGACUGUAGUGAAGAUAUUCCAUUAAAAGAAACUAGAAUAUUACACAGCAUAAUACUCCUGUUAGAGAGCGCCUUAUUCGGCCUCUUUGUCGCAGCCAUACUGAUCGACCAGUUGCAGGCCAUACUUACGGACGAAACGGCUGUAGAGCAAAUCCAAAAACAGGGUCCGUAUAGGCCUUACAAACCUAAGAUGGCGCUGUUGGGUGAAGUUUGCGGCAAGGAACACCCGCUAAUGUGGCUGCUUCCGUGCAGUUCGGUGCCAAAGAAAGUUGACGUACCUCUCAUCGAUCAUCAGGUGUAAGAUUUUGCCUUGUAAAGGUGGUAUAGCCGAAGGUUACUUUUAAUAGAUAUUUUUAUUUAAGUAGAAAAAGUUUAAAACGUGUUAUAUGCCAUUAUUGUGAUAAAAUCUGUAAAUAGUAUCUUUGCUAAGCAAAAAAGCAAUCUUGUUUGUAAGGAAGCUAGGGAAGUAUGUGCAUUUAUAUAAGAAACUAGCUGACCCGAUCAUAGUGUGGCGCCAUCUAUUAGUUAUCUUGCGAUUUAAAAUGACGAAAAACAGAAAAACUGUUUUUAUGUUUUUCCGUACAAUUUUUUGAAAAUUAUCUUCUACGCAAACCUUAUCCUGAUAAUAACAAAUACAACAAAAAAAGAAUUAUCCAAUUUGGUGCAGUCAUCCUGAAGUUUACGCGUAAAUAAAAUUUCUGAUGCCUGCUUGAACUGUACCCAUUUGUCAAGCAUACCAGUGUUAAUACAUUAAGAAAUCUCUUUCUGGAACUGCC